GUCUGAAUUUAAAUACAGCGCGCGUCGUCGGGGGCGGGGCUGUCCUAGCAAGUGAAGAGCAGGGUAAGAGAAGCUGAUCUGCUGGAGCUGCGCGCUGGCUGGUGUGACUCGGCUGGGAAAAUACACUAAUACAGAUCUUUUGUUUAUUGGGGAUCAUGGCACACAUCAUUUUAAUUGGACUUUGCAUUUUUUUGACACAGUAUAAAGAAUCUCUUUCAAUCAGAUUUAAGGUCACAUCGGUGCCAUCAGUUGUUGCUGCAUUUGGGUCCGAUGUGGUGUUACCUUGUCGUCUGACCCCUGAGAUGAACGUAGAGAAGAUGGAAAUCCGUUGGUUUAAGCCUAUGUACCAGCCGUAUGUUCAUCUUUAUAUUAAUGGGAAAGACGAUUACUUGAUCCAAAUGCCUCAGUUUACUAACAGAACAGAACUGAUAAAAGAGAACAUCACUAGAGGAGUUUUCCCUUUGAUGAUCCGUAACAUCACCGUUCAGGAUUCUGGGAAAUAUUAUUGUUUUGUUGAUUCCGGUGACCAUGAGAGCAGAACAACAAUAGAACUAAAUGUUACUGCUCCCUUUCACCUAAAAAUCAGAAUACCUCGUGAGGCACCUGUCAAACAAAAGAGCCAGGAACAGAGAUCAGAAAGUAAGAAAGAUGGGGCUGUUGGAACUCGCCCAAACAUUUCCAAAGUUAACAAUGACACGCUCCUUUGUGAAUCCUGUGACUGGUUGCCAAAGCCUUAUUUGACAUGGACAGAUAACGAGGGAAAGCAAAUAAUGUCAUCAGUGGAAAGAGUAUUGAGAGAUGAGAAGAGUUUGUACUGUAUCACUAGUAUUAUCAAUCUACCAUCUACUUCAAAUAUCACUUGCACAGUCUCUAAUUCUCUAAAUCAGAGCAAGGAAUUCUCCAUGCAGAUCAGAGAAAAAGGACAGCCACAAACCUGCAGGGAUCUGUACAGUCGCUACAUUAUAUUCUGGCCUUGUCUGGCUGUUACACUUGGAUGUAUUUGCCUUCUCUUAAAGAGUCAUAGAGAACAUCAGAAAGAAUAUGGGCAACUUCAGAAAAAAUAUGAUGCUCUUCUGGGAUCAUUGUGCAAGUCAUGCAAUAAUAAUUGGACUCAUCCGGCAGAGAAAGCUGCCCAGAUUGCCAGUUUGUCAAGAUCCUGUUGCAAGUGUCACAUCCUGGAUGGAAUGAAUUGGGCUGGAUAAUUUUGUGUCAUCUGCAAACACUGAUCUACAUAGAACACCCUGAGUGCUGACAACAUAUCUUGCAUAUCAUAAGGUGUCUCAGAAAAAGUGCUGAGUGCGAUAUGCAGAGUGAGUCACAUUGGCGUCUCAGUGAAUGGGAAUCUCUGUGCAGAAGAUCCAGUCCCAAUAAUCCAGUCCCAAUAAUCCAGUCAGACGGGGUGGGAUCAAACUCAUGCUUUCCUUCAUAAGUGACGUGCUAGUAACAGAUAAGGACAGAACACUCACCACUAGCAAUGGGAAAGUAACACACACAUAGAAACUGUGCUAUUUGUGUGUUCCAGGGUUCACUUUAAUAUUUAUUUUGUUUUAUGCACUUCUGAGGGCUUAGGAACUUUGCCUUUUUUUUGGAUGUGGCAGAAAAUUGGUUAGAAUUUCUAUACAAAGCCUUAAACCUACACUCUGGAGGACUUUCCACAUUUUGCAUUAAUGUUCCUCCACUGAAUCUCAUCAUCUUCCAGAUUACCAGUAGAUCUGAAUUUAGAUAAGUUCUUUGAAUGACCAAAACUGUAGCCAAGCACUUUGCAGACUUUUAUGGCUAGAAUAUCCCAAAGUACAAAAUUAGCAUUAAUCUCCACUGACCUCUGAUAUAUAUAUUUGGUUCUUUUUAUAUACAGGUAUAUCACAGCUGAACCGUUAUUUCUCUUCUGUCAACAGAAUUUGUCUGACCUGGUGCCAAAAACUAUAGUUGAAGUCAGUGGUAGGAGAGGGGUAUUGAGGGAUAAGAUACUUGACUUCAUAGCAAAUCACAAUACUAUGAGUGUGUGCCAGCAUGAUUUUAUGCGCAAUAAUGUAGAUCUAGAUUAACUUAAUUUCCUUUUAUGAAAAGGUGAGCAGGAACCUCGAUUCUGGGAUGGCAGUGGAUGUGAUUUACUUAGACUUUGCUAAAGCAUUUGAUACAGUGCCACACAGAAGGUCACUGGUUAAAUGAAGGAAUGUUGGCCUGGAACAUAGUAUUUGUACCUGGAUAGAGAACUGGCUAAAAGACAGACUACAAAGAGUGGUGGUAAAUGGAACAUUUUCUAAUUGGACCAGAGCGUAUACAUAUGUUAAAUAAACAUGUCUGUGAUGUGUCGCUAUUGUGUCUUUGGCCCAGAUAAGUCGCCCCCCAGUAGUUACGUCACUGAGCCAGUUUUUUCAUUUAGCCAGUGUGUCUGGGCUGCACUUUUUCAUGGAUUUCACUUUUUCAGAUGUUUUCAAAUAAAUCCGUCAAUAUAAUUGCACAUAUAGUGACAAUCUACCUUUAUUCUUGUGUUUUUUGUUAUGUUGAAAAUCACAAAAAGAAUAAAAUAUUGUUACAUUCAUCUUGUUUUAAUAGAAAGAUGUUACUGAGUUAAUACUUGUACCUGCUGUGUUUUGUUUUUGAUCAGAAGGUUUGAAUGAAAGUAUUCAGAUCUGUAUGGAGUUGAAAAUUGUAAAUCUAAAUGCACAGAUUUACUGUCACUUGUGUAAAUAGAUGAAUUUUGUUUGUUCCUUUUUUGACAUUAUGCAUUUUGUUUUUUUGCUUAAUGAAAAGACGGUUAUGAUUAAGCCUUUAUUUUAAAUAAAGCCAAUUCUACAAA